UUGCGAGCUAAGUGGGUGCAACACGUAACUGUUACAACUCCUCAAUUUGGAUUAUACCAGAAUUGAUUUGGUGGAUCACGAAACACCAUCAUGAUCGUUCGUUUAAUUACAUAUAUUCCACUAUUUAUUUUAUUUUUAUAUUUUUAAAUUGGUGACAUUUUUUUUAAAUUUUAGUUUGCAAGUAUUUUUGAAUUUUUUGGGAGUACAUGUUCACGUACUGAGAAUAUAAAAUAAAAUUUUUGAUUAGAGAGCUUGCACGCAGAGAGGCAAUCUAAAAUAUCAAUCACCUUAUUUGAUUUGAUUUUGAUUGAUUUUGUAAUGAUAGUUUAGACUCAAGGAAUAACAGAAUGUUGAGUACGGUGCGGUGCGAUCGUUGAAGCGCAGCAAGUGCAGUGGCCUUUGCUUUUCAGUUCUGACAAUCUUCAGAUUCUCUUUCACGGCUUGCAUAUCAUUUUUCCCCCAAUUGAAUUAGGCUAAACUUCAUGCUAUGACGAUGAAAUUGAAUCCUCUGUUCUCUGUAUCUGUUUCUUCUAAAGCAUUGUGAUUUUUUGGAAUGGUGGGGAAGGAAAGUUUGUACCGCCCUAUUGUAGUUCUUGAGGACUACUUAAGGACCGCAGAAUCUGAAAUAGUCUCUUCCAACCCGAGCACAUCCGAAUUUGAAGUUCAAGGAAACUCAAAGCUUGUAUCGCUAUGGCGUGGUUUGGUCCAACUACUGAAAAGCAGAUCAAAAAUACCAUUACCCACCUUGCAUCCUCUCAGCAUCAUGAAGCUCUCAAGGAGAAUUAGCAGUAACAUGAAAGAAGACAUCAGCACUGCAACAAAUCCCCUUUUCGAUACUGAUUUGCGCUAUGUCAUGCCUCGGUGGAAGAAUUUUAGCCUCUCUGAACUCCAAAUUGCAAGCAACUGUUUCAGCCAUGAGAACUUGGUUGGAAAGGGUGGAUAUGCUGAAGUUUACAAGGGGCAUUUGCGAGACGGGCAGGUUGUAGCGAUUAAGCGGCUGACACGAGGACAGACUGAAGAAAGAAUAGGCCACUUUUUAUUGGAGCUCGGGGUUAUGGCCCAUGUCAACCAUCCCAAUACUGCUAAAUUGAUUGGAUAUGGGGUUGAAGGAGGAAUGCACCUUGUUCUUGAGUUCUCUGCACAUGGAAAUUUAUCUUCUCAGCUUCAUGGUUCAAAGGAGAAACUAAACUGGAAUAUUAGGCACAAGGUAGCACUGGGAACCGCUGAAGGUCUGGUGUAUCUUCAUGAGGGUUGUCAAAGGCGAAUCAUUCAUAGAGAUAUCAAGGCUGCAAAUAUAUUGCUUACAGAACACUUUGAGCCUCAGAUUUGUGACUUUGGGCUUGCAAAAUGGCUGCCAGAGCGAUGGACUCACCAUACAGUGUCAAAAUCCGAAGGCACAUUUGGCUAUCUUGCUCCCGAGUACUUAAUGCAUGGCAUAGUAGAUGAGAAAACUGAUGUUUUCGCCUUUGGAGUGCUGCUUUUGGAACUUAUUUCUGGGCGUCGAGCUUUGGACUACUCAAAGCAAAGCCUUGUCGUCUGGGCAAAGCCCUUGCUCAAGAAGAACAACAUCAGAGAGCUUGUCGAUUCUUCUCUUGGUGAUGACUACAACUUGCUACAGAUGAACCUGAUGGUCUUGGCUGCUUUUUUAUGCAUACAACAAUCUUCAAUUCAACGUCCCCGAAUGAGACAGGUUGUGCAGCUUCUAAAAGGCGGCCGAGGCAGCCUGGAGUUGGUGAAAAAAUAUGAAAAACCGUCUUUUUGGAGGUACUAUGUAGAGCUUUUUAAUGCAGAGGAAUACAAUGUAACCGGGGGGUUAAACGGUCUUCAUCGGCAGAAACAGCUGGCUUUGGAAGCCUGAAAUCACUGGUUUAAGAACUUUGUUGAUCUAUAGAAGCAUCGUGCAGUCACAAAAGAAACAAGUGUUUUUUUUUUAAUUUUCAUUCUUUGUUUUUGUGUGUAUUAAGAAACAAAUUUAAUGAAAAUUAGAAAGCA